GUGCCCAAGCUCUCUUGUCAUCCAAACUAAGAGAAUUCACCAUCCCUUAGGUCAUGACAAACUUCAAAGUUUUCUCAACUUUAUUAGUUUUGGUUAUGGUAAGUGGAGUAGUCAUGGCUCGUGAUGAUGCUGAGAAUGACCUUAUCAAAAAACUUGGUUGUGAAAGCAAGAUGCAUGUAAAAUGUGUGAAUCAGGUUUUUUCAAGCAUAUUUGAAGUUGGAACUGUCACAGAUAGUUGCUGUUAUGAACUUGCAAAAUCAGGUCCACUUUGCCAUUUUGCAUUGGCUGAUAGAACUCUUCAAACUGAAUAUAAAACUUCUAAUGCAUCAAAAAUUUUGGUUAAAAGUACACAUGUGUGGAGUAGGUGCCUUGCACACUCUCAUCACAAUUUGGUGGAGAACUAACUUCACUGUCAACUCCUUCACCUACAUAUAGCUAGUUUGGUUCAUGCUAAACAAAAACAAAUAAUUCAAAUUAAUAAAACUUUAUCAAUUUUUAGAUUUUGUUAAAACCCUCUGUUAUAGGAGUGUUGAGUGUUUAUUUCUAAAAUAAAACUUAUCCCGUUAA